CAUCGCUGCAUUUCCCAACUUUUCUCUCCAUUUCUUUGCACAUUCUCCCUUUGCCAAGCCGAAGCCCUACGCUGUUUUUUUCCCUCCAUGUCGUGAUGUAAUAAAAUUGGCAGAUUCAUCUGUUUUCCUUUCUCUCUUGGGUGUAUCGUGUACGUGUUUGUCUGUCAGCGCCUGCGUGUGUGUGUGGACGAGCAGAACGGUUCUCUAACAGAACAGGUUAGAAAAUCGCAGCCAUGUCGAACAUCAGCGAUCUGGACGCGUUAAUGUCGGAUUUGGAUUCUGCGCGGCGUUCCACCGGAGGAGGUACUCGUGUGUACGCACCGGGAACGCGCGUCACCCACUCGUUCGAAAUGUCGGAGAAGACGAUGACCAUGAGCGACCGGGACCGGGACAGUCCGCUGCGGGAUCGCAGUGAUCGCAGCGAGGAGCGCUCGCAGUCCCCGCUGGUCAGCCGGCCCAAAUCGCCCGGCCAGCACCGCAAAAUGCAGCCCGGCGGACGGCCGGGGGGAGCGUCCGGCGCCACCAAGGAGCUGGACGACCUCAUGGCCUCCCUCAACGACUUCAAAGUGGAAAACAACAACAAUCAGUCGUCGAAUUACCAGGCGACCACCACUAGUCGCUUCACGGAGAGCACGCAGCGCAACUACACGGGAUCAUCGCCGUCGCCGGCCCGCGACGUGUGGGAUAAGGGCGCGGUGAACCGCGGGAGUCCCCUCAGCGACAGCAACCACAACCGGGACAGUGUGGACCGCGGCGGAGCGACAUCGCGCACCAGUGACCUCUCUGACAACAACACCUGUGCGGCCUGCAACAAGACCGUCUCCGGCCAGGUGAUUACUGCACUGGGGAAAGUAUGGCAUAUUGAGUGCUUCCGGUGCGCUCAUUGUGAUACGCCUCUGAGAACGCAGCCGUUUUUCGAGAAGGCUGGGAAGGCCUAUUGCGAGCGAGACUAUCAUGAACUGUUCGCCAUGAAGUGUCAGAAAUGCAAAGGUCCCAUUAAGGACACCUGCUACACGGCCCUGGAGGCCUCCUGGCAUCCGGAGUGCUUCUGCUGCGCCCGCUGCAACACCGCCUUCGGCGAGGAGCCCUUCCACGAGCGCGAGGGCCGGCCCUUCUGCGAUAACUGCUAUCUGGCCUCCUUCGCGCCGCAGUGCCAGGGCUGCCGGAAGCCCAUCUCCGGCACCUACCUCACCGCCCUCGACGCGCAGUGGCAUCGCGAUUGUUUUGUUUGCACUGACUGUCGCAAACCCUUCGAGAGCGGCAGCUUCUUCGAGCUGGACGGUCGGCCGUACUGCGAGCAGCACUACCACAGUCAGCGCGGUUCAGUGUGUGGCACCUGUCAGCAGCCCAUCAGCGGCCGCUGCAUCACGGCCAUGGGCAAGAAAUUCCACCCGGAUCACUUUGUCUGCUCAUACUGCGUGCGGCCCUUAAAUAAAGGGACUUUUAAGGAGCACGCCGGGAAACCAUGGUGCCACAACUGCUUCGAGCGCUUGUACGGGUCCAAUAAGGAGGGACAGACGGAUGACGGAGCGGAUAUGUGAAAACACGACAGAAGAGAGCAUUUUAAAAUAAACGGAAAUAUUCUAGUUUUAUCGGCAAAUAUGGCAUCUACAAUAUAUACGCGUUGUAUUUUUCUAAUUUUUAAUUUUAACCGUUUUAAUGUCGAGACACUUUUGUGCGUUGUGUGCCUUUUUCUCUCUUCCUAGCUCUUCCAUUUUUCAUAUGGGGAAAUGUUAUUCUUUUGAUCAUGGUUGCUGUUUUAAUCGUUUGAUUGGUCGUUGGAAUUGGGUGUCAUUUGUUGGCAGCUUUGGAUUUUUCUUGGUUGUAAUUUAACCCUUGCGAGUUCGUUGUUCAUUGCAGUUUGCGUUUAGUGUCAUGUUUUAGUUGUUAAAUAAAAAAUAGCUUAAAUG